UGAAGCACCGAGAGAAGAAGAAAAACAAAAGCAGCCUUUAGAUUUUCUGGGUAGUUACACAUCAUCUCCUGCCUCUGGGUCCAUAUUUACUGAUCUUUUUAGAACAAUGUAACUGGAACCAGAGGGAGUUUUGUGCUCUGGAAGCUCGUUUGGAGCAGCAGACAGUCAGAAGAAACGCUGUUACUCCUCUCAGACGUGCUUUUGUUUGCUAUUUUGGCAGCUAAGCUAGCUCUGAGGUUAGCUCCCCUCGGACUGGCUCGUCAACGUCUGUCAGACUGUCUGACCUGAGAUUAUCAGACAUUAACCUUACACCUGCCCUGCACUGAUCGUCAGGGAUAAAGAUGGGAAACCUGGGCAGCAGGUUCCAGUCCCCCUCUCAGGGACCAGAGGAGGCUGCAGAGGGUACAAGUACCGGCCGCAAACAUGGCUGUGACUGUAAGAAGAGGAAACGAAACGCUCAGUGUGACUGUGACAGUGAAGCAGACGAGGACGACGCCAUACUAGAUACACCGCGCAGGCAAAAACUGAAAAGCACAUCGAGAUACAUUUAUCAGACUUUGUUUCUGAAUGGGGAAAACAGUGACAUUCGCAUCUGUGCUCUGGGACAGGAGUGGAACCUCCACAAAGUGUACCUCUGUCAGUCGGGCUACUUUUCCAGCAUGUUCAGCGGCUCUUGGAAGGAGUCCAACAUGAUGGAAAUUAACUUGGAGAUCCCAGACCAAAACAUCGACACUGAAGCUCUGCAGGUCGUAUUUGGAUCUCUGUACCGUGACGAUGUUCUGAUCAAGCCCAGCAGAGUCGUCAGUAUUCUCGCUGCCGCCUGCAUGCUGCAGCUGGAUGGCUUGAUCCAGCAGUGUGGCGAAACCAUGAAGGAAAACAUCAGUGCGAAGACUGUGUGCGGCUACUAUGCUUGUGCUAGCAUCUAUGGCCUGGAUUCAGUUAUGAAAAAGUGUCUUGAGUGGCUUCUUAACAACCUGAUGACCCACCAAAACGUUGACCUGAUGAAAGAAAUUGGGGUGGAAGUGAUGGAGCAGCUCAUCCAGUCCUCGGAUCUGUUUGUGAUGCAGGUGGAGAUGGAUGUUUACACGGCUUUAAAAAAGUGGAUGUUUCUGCAGCUGAAUCCGUUAUGGGAUGGCCCCAUCAAGCAGCUCCUGGCCGACGCAGACGCCUGGCUUUGCAAACGCAGGACAGAUGUGUGUGAGAAAGAGCCCUUCUUGAACACAGAGGAAGGCGCACCUUUUCGUUCAGUGUUCAAGUUUGUGCGUCUCCAAUACAUCAUCAACGAUCUCGCUUCUGCACGCAUCCUAGAGAGAGACAACAUUCUGCCACCUGAUUGGCUUUCAUCGGUGUACAAAAACCAGUGGUUUGCAAUGCUGCGGACAGAGUUUGACAAUGAUAAUGGACCUCAGGAGCCCAACAAAGAUGAGUUUGAAGUGAGCAGUAUGAGGUGUGGCAGGAAGCUGACUAAAGAUGGAGACUACUGCUGGCGGUGGACGGGCUUUAACUUUGGUUUCGACCUGCUGGUGACCUACACAAACCGUUUUAUAGUCUUUAAAAGGAAUACUCUGAGUCAGCCAUGUGGGGGCGCUGUGAGUCUGCAACCCAGGAGACAUCUGGCAUACAGGUUGCGUCUUGCCUCCUUUGAUAACAGAGGAAAACUGGUGUGUAGUCGCUCUACAGGUUACCAACUUCUCACCCUUGAGAAAGACCAGGAGUAUGUGGUGAUGAACCUGGACAGCCGGUUGUUAUCAUUCCCCCUCUACGUCUGCUGUAACUUCCAGUAUACUUCGCCCCAGUCAGACCAGCGUCCAGAUUCGUCAGAACAGGAAAGCACGGCUGCUCGCAGCGUGUCUUGAUGCCCGUUCAUCAGCCGUUUACUGCUACCAUUCCUCUGGUAACGCUGAGACACUGACAUAAGCUUGUAUGUACAAUCCACCACCAUAUUUAACACCAUCUCGACAUUGGACAUAUCGUCUGCAUGCUCUAUAACUCAGUGCCAUGUUUGGGGAAAACGUUUUGUAUCUGUGUAUUCAGCAUUUUGACAUAUUGUGAGUUGGGUAUGUAUACAUGGGGUUUAGAGUGUAGGAGAGAUCAGACCACCUCCUGAUCUCAGAGCAGCUUCUGUUCUUCUUGUAUCAUCACCGUGCACUGUCUGCGCUGAGAUGCUGGACCACUGUUAAAGAUGGAAGACCUCCUGGAGUGAAGAGAGUGGAAAUCUGCUCUUGACUCUGAACUUAAGACCUUUAAACAAUGACUACCUGACGAUACGAGCUGAAGAUUGUGAAACCUCUGAGCGUUUUUUUUAUUAUGAUGAAACCACUCGUUCGGACACAGUAUCAUCAUGGAAUACGGGAACAUCAUGAGGGAACAGCACCACAGAGCAAAACUGGAGAGCCUCCUCACAUUUCAGAGCAGUUGUCAGAUCAUGGGUGCUUUUCAUUACACUACCUUAUGUUCUCUCUCCUCCUGUGACAACCAUGGAGGAUCUUCUAAUCUGUUAAACGCACAGGAAAGGAGACGUGUAGAGGAGCUUAAAGCUACUGGGAGAUCCUGCCUCUCAUAUUAUCACCAAGAGGAACAAAGACACAAGGAACAGACAUGAAAGGGAAGCGAGGAAGCACCCAAUGCCACCUCCAUGACGCUGAAACUCAGUAUUUGACUGAGGAGAAAAGCUUACUCAACAUCCGUCCUCAGGUGUGACUUUCCUUGUGUCGGCUGCUAUGAAAACGUCGCACCAACAGACAUCACUGUUGAACUGAGACAAGUUAACUGACAGAUGCAGUAAAAGCAGUAUUCUCAGCCUGUGAUGAGUCACUCGAACUGUUGCAGGUCAGUCUUGCUUUGAUCAUGUCUCUGUAAUAAUUAACACCAGAGCAGCUCCCGAUAAGGCUUUUCUGUUCACCUCAUAUUCACCACAAAAAUCCAACUUGUCAAACUCGAUGCGAACAUCAAAUGAUUUAUCUUAGUGAACCAGCAUUGUGAGACUUCAGGCCGCAGGAUUCUUUCGCUUCAGCUGCAUUUGCACAGUUAAAGUGUGACGGUGUGUUCUGUGAACGCCGGCUCUCUGGUGUUUGCAGCAUAUUGUCUUUGUUGAGACUCACAGAAACUUUGACAGACUUCAGAUUUCUGUGGCUUCCUGCAGUAUUUAUCAGCGACACUGUUAAUCUCUGGAUCCACACAAGGGCAGACUUUAUUUGACUGCUCCCAUCAAAUCAUCUGUAAUGUUGCAGUUACGUUAUAUAUUUACUUAAUUAAUUUGGUCAAUAUUUGUUUGGCGAUUGUGUAAACUUGCUGUUUCCUCAGCUGUAGAGCAGACCUGUACUGCUGACUCGUCUCUACAGCUGGAGCUGUCCUUACGUUCAAAGUUAAAGGUGUUUUUAUUUGGCCGUUAUUUAUUUUUUACUUCAUUUGUAUUUGUAUGGAUGUGUUUUUGCAACAGGAAACAUGCAUUUCUCCACUGCCAAUAAAUCUGCUCUUUCACUCGG